AUGUCUAACAAACAGAAACUCGUACUUUCUAUCAUAGACUUUCUGAACCAGUCUAUCCAGGAUGGAACUGUCAAGCAGGACGACAAGGAAGGCCUCGAGGUUGCAAUCCAGUGCAUAGCGGAGGCAUUUGAGGUCGAUCCGGCAGACGAAGCACAGCGCACGCGGUUGACCGUGAAGCCUGCAACUCUUCCCUCUAUCUUCGAUGUCUUUUUGAAGACCCGCGACAAGCUUGCUUCCCCGACUUCCUCGACUGCUGUGCCCCCUUCGUCUACGCCUGCCGCGUCAUCCUCCUCAGUAGCGGGAUCGUCCGCGACUCCUUCCGCAGACGAGAAGGCAGCAGCAGAGAAGCACAAGGCUCAAGGAAACGCGCAUAUGUCGACCAAACAGUACGAUGCCGCCGUGCGCUCGUAUACCGCCGCGAUCGGGCUGGAUUCGACUAACGCUGUAUAUUAUUCGAAUCGCGCAGCUGCGUACUCGAGUAUGGGUCAGCACAACGAUGCAGUGCUAGACGCAGAGCGCGCGAUUGAGGUCGAUCCGUCAUUCGUGAAGGCAUAUCACCGACUUGGGCAUGCGCACUAUUCACUCUCAGAUUUCAAGGCUGCUGCCGCAGCGUUCCGGCGCGGGCUCGAGCUGGACCCAUCGAACGCGUCGCUGAAGUCUGGUCUUCAAAAUGCGGAGACACGCAUCACAAACGACGAUGAAGAUGUUGAUGACGAGAUGCCUCCGCUUGACCCUGUCCCACCUAUUGGUGCUAGCGGCGAGCCAGGGGCAGGGCUCGGCAACAUUGCGGAUAUGCUGCGAGGCCUAGGAGGCAUGGGCGGCGGCGCUGGCGCUGGCGCGGGGGGAGGCGGAGGCAUGCCCGAUAUGGCCAGUCUUCUGAGCAACCCGGCGAUGAUGCAGAUGGCGCAGCAGAUGAUGCAGAAUGGCGGUAUCGACCGGCUCAUGUCAAAUCCUGCACUGGCCAACAUGAUGAACCGGGUGCAGUCGGGUAAUAUGCCAUCAAUGUCUGAACUCAUGUCCGACCCUUCUCUGAGGGAGCUGGCAAGCCAGUUUGGAGGUGGUGGUGCGUAG